GGUGGCACUAAACCGCUGAGCCACCCAGGCUGCCCAAAUUGAUAUUCAUUUAAUUAUUUUCUCUGAAUGUUUGCCUUUCCUGCCAUUACUGUCCUUCCCCUAUCUCCAUCUUUGCCAUCAUUGUUCGGGAGCUCCCAUCCAGUAGCCAGGCAGUCCUAGGAGCCACCGUACAGGCAAGCACUUUUGCUCAAAGUUUUUGGCUAUGACACUCCGUGGUUUCUGAAGGCCAGAGCCUCACUUGGGAGCUGGUUAGAGACGCAGGUCUCUGGCCCCACCCGAGACCUAUUGAAAUAGUAUCAUCUCUAACAGAAUCUCCAUGGGGUAUGUCUGCUCAGGAAAGUGUGCCACGGUGAGAGCUUUACCAAUCAUCUUUCUUAAGGCACCCCCGUUUCAGUUCAUCACCACAUCUGUUCCUUCAGUUGGAUUUGAUGAAGUUUCUACGAGGUUGAGAUACCAUGAAAGUUGUUGCCAAGAGAAACUAGCACUCUGUCUCUCUAAAAAGAUAGUGAGGCAGUGACUUUUGGGCAAAUGGCAUCCAGAAGGUGAGUCCAGAGAUUGAAAUCCUAUGACUUCCUGCAAACAGACUCAAAUAUCCUUAUCUCUCGCAGAGACAUCACCAUCCCCUUCCCCCAUCUCCAGAGCAUUAGAGCUACUAGUGAAAUGACCCUCACCUUGCUGUGUCUAGUUUACAUCUGAUUGUUUGCUGCAGUCCCAGGCCACGUUGCAGAGCUCAACAUACCAUCCCUGCAGCCAGACAUCUUCCUAGGCAUGGUUGACUGUGGAGGCCUGAGGAGGCAAUUCAUGGCAACUGGUCCAGGUCCCAAGCUAGCAGAGCUCCUCCGCAUGAGUACCUCAAGUUUCUUUGGCUUGCCUGCACGACUGGCAAGACUAUGCACCAUGCCACGGGGCCUUGGACCUCAGGCAAAGCCAGUGCUGUCAGCCCCGAGAGUGGCAGUCACUCUGGUCCAGGCGGCAGGCAAGAAGGACCGCCCUGCUCUGCCUCUCCUGGAUGAAAGUGAACUGGAAGAGCAGUUUGUGAAAGGACAUGGUCCAGGGGGCCAGGCCACCAACAAAACAAGCAACUGUGUGGUGCUGAAGCACAUCCCCUCGGGCAUCGUCGUCAAGUGCCAUCAGACAAGAUCAGUUGAUCAGAACAGAAAGCUGGCUCGGCAAAUCCUACAAGAGAAAGUGGAUAUUUUCUACAAUGGUGAAAACAGUAUUGUUUACAAAGAAAAACAAGAGGCAGAGAAGAAAAAGCAAGAGCGGAAACGAAGAGCAAAGGAAACCCUAGAAAAAAAGAAGCUCCUGAAAGAACUCCGGGAAUUAAGUAAAAACGUCCACUGAGAAAGAAAUGAA